AUGGAGUCUCACCACAAGAUCACCAAGCCCCGGAGCAAGAUGGUGAAGCCCAUAUUGAAGAAGCUGUCGCAUUCUGAAAAGAACUCGCUCGACCUCGACCGCGGCUGGGACGAGCAGGCCGGCGGCUAUGGCUGGGCCGGCGGCGGAGGCGGCGGCGGCGGCCUGUACGAGUCGGCGGGCGCUGGGCGCUCCGCCAAGGACGUCAGUUUCAUCUUUGGAGAGCCGUCGGCGCCCAUGGUCUCCUCUUCAGCGACGGGCUCGGGCGCAGCCAGCGCUGCCGCGAGGCCGCGAUUCCAGCAUGGGCGCUCGCCCAGCGGCACAUCGCACGUCUCGGUCGCUACCAACGGCAGCGGCGGGCCGCCCAGGGCGGGUUCCUUUGUUCACCCCUUUCAGCAGACGCCGCGGACGUCGACGCCGCCGCUCAUGUCGUACGCCAACUCGAUGGCCUCGUUUGACUGUGGGCCGCGCGACUACUCCCCGACCAUCACCGAGGACGACGACGGCACCGUUGGUUGCGGCGGCGGCGGCGACGAGGACGACGUCUCAGUUCCGCCCUCACUUUCCACUCAGGUGCACCACCACCACCACCACCACCACCGCACCCACUCUUCCUCACUUUCCCAGUCAAAUCUGCGUCGCCCGUCGCUCGCCAGCCAACGCACUUCUUCCUUUUCCGACGUAUCUGGUGCGAAACCCCUCAGGAUAAACACCAAACCGGCCACCGCCAGACGCGGUCCAGGAAAACUCUCUUCCAGCCUCUCCCACUCCGACCUGCACCUCAACCUCACCUUGGACUCACCCAUCUCUUCCACCCUCAACGCCAAUUCCGCAUUCCCGCCGUCAACGUCGUCGCAGGCGCCCUCCAUCAUCUCGCCGAUUUCGCUCUCGGCAUCAGUCGCGCCCAUGUCUCCCCUCCGCAGCUCCCUCGACGGCUUCCGCCUGCGGUCGCGCUCCGAGGUCGACACCUGGGACCGCGCCGAGACGAUCCGCGAGGCCCGCCGGCGCUUCGAGGAGCGCGAGCGCGCCAAGGACGAGAAGCGCGAGCGCGAGGCCUCCAAGAAGCAGGAGCGCCGCGAGCAGAGGGAGGCCAAGGUCCUCGAGAAGGCGCACGCCGCGCAGCUGCGCAAGAACUCGCGCAGCAGCACCGACGUCCCGGGCCUGGCCGGCCUGGCACCGCGCCGCCCGGGCCCGGCCGCCGUCGCCACGGGCUCCUCCAAGUCCAGCUCGCGGCGCGGAUCCAGCGCCGCCGCCGCCAAGAAGCUGAGCAGCGACCUCGCGGCAUCGUCGACCGACGAGAAGCGCGGCGCCGAGUUCCUCAGCAGCAACUACGACAGCGUCGAGGGCGGGCGCACGCCCCGCCUCGGCGGCGGCGUCGACGACGUGCGCUUCCAGCCCGCGGGCCCGCGGCGGGGCGCCGCCAAGCGCAGGACGCAGGGCUACUGGACCGGGUUCAUCCUGUGGCUGCGCACGCGGCUCUUCCGCCUGGGCAAGGCCUAG